GCCGUCUGCCGGCUGCUGCGUAAGCCAUCGUCUGCGCAGACAUGAAGCCCUGCUGGGUCCUCUGGGGGCUUGUCUUGUGUCUGGUGGCUCCCUACUUGGAUCUGGCCCACGAAUCGGCACCCCAGCAGGAAUGGACAUACAUGGUUCCACAACACUGUAACUGGCUGUGCUUCAAAUUUGGGGAGCAUGGCUGCCCUCCAAGGACCCCCAACUGCUCCACCUGCCGCCACGCAGUUGGAGGAUGGAACUGGAUUGAAGCUUGUUAUGAGAAGACCAUGGGGUACUUGAGGAGAACCAACGCUCUCUGGUGGCUGGGCAUCAGCUCUGUGAGCGAGCUUGGGAAAGUGUGGAAGAAGACAUCAGAAGUUAUUUCCAGGCCCCUCCUACACCAUUUUGAUUUUCACUGUGUGCCCUGUGCCAUCCUAGGGAACUCUGGCCUCAGUAAUACCAACCGAUUCUACAUGGUUAUCAGGAUGAAUUAGGCUUUUGCCCACAGCUCUGAGGCAGAAUUGAGGAACCAAACCACAGGACCCUUCACCUGUCCCAGGAAUGAGAGUCACCAGGGCUACUGGAGGCAACAGUGGUUACUGCAGCUGUCUGAUCUAGUGCCUGGAGGGACAAGGUCACCCUCUCUGGGAUUUGGAUCAGAACAGCAGAGAAAGUGGUCCUAUUACCAACAGAAUGGGAUCAGACCAAAGGCCCCAGAAACACCUGUGCGCAUGGACUAGAGAAACAGAUAUGGAAGUUGCUUUUCAGCUAAAGGGCGAAGACAGGGCCACCAUUCA